GGCGGCUUGGACGAGCCCACGCGGGGAGGGGGGAGACGCCGCCUUCCCCGAGCCUUGGUACAGGCCGGGGCGGAGCGAGAUCCAGGCAAGAAGCCGGCCUGCCAUGGAGGUUCAGCGCUGGCUGCCGCUGGAGGCGAACCCCGAGGUAACGAACCAGUUCCUCCGGCAAUUGGGCAUCCACGCCAGUUGGCAGUUCGUGGACGUCUAUGGGUCCGACCCGGAGCUGCUCGGCUUGGUGCCCCGGCCCGUCUGCGCCCUGAUGCUGCUCUUCCCGGUCACCGAGAAGUAUGAAACAUUCCGGAUGAAAGAGGAAGAGACGAUCAAAGCUAACGGACAAGAAGUCAAACCGGGUGUCUAUUUCAUGAAGCAGACCAUCAGCAACGCCUGCGGAACCAUCGGCCUCAUUCAUGCCAUUGCAAACAACAGGGAUAAAAUUGACUUUGAAAAAGAUUCUUCGCUGAAGAAAUUCCUGGACGAGUCGGUGCCGAUGAGUCCCGAACAAAGAGCCAAAUACCUAGAAACUUAUGAAGCCAUCCGUGUGACGCACGAAUCCAGUGCUCAUGAAGGCCAGACUGAGGCACCAAGUAUAGAUGAGAAAGUAGAUCUUCAUUUCAUCGCUUUAGUGAAUGUUGAUGGCAUUCUUUAUGAACUAGAUGGACGCAAACCUUUCCCGAUAAACCACGGGCAGUCCAACAUCGACACUUUUCUAGAGGAUGCCGUAGAAGUUUGCAAGAAAUUCAUGGAGCGUGAUCCAGACGAAUUGAGGUUCAAUGCAAUUGCCUUAGCAGCGGCCUAAAAUCACUGUUACGUAAGGGGAAAUGGCAUCUAACGCACUGUCACAAAAAUUAUGUUUUAGCCGCAAAUCAGCAACGAUCAAAAUUUUGAUAACAUGGAUGUGAAUUAAAUUUUGGAUUACGCUUUG